AGUGUCGUUAUCACAGCGAACAGUCGCUGUUCGGCAGUCGGGCGGCGAGCGCGCCGUAGGGAGUCCUCGUCCCCGUUUCGCGCAUUUCCACUUCGGCAGAAGUUUUGCGAACAUCGCGCUCGGAAAUUGGGGAGCCGGCAGCCAUUUCCGAUACGUGACUGAUUACGAUACUCCAAAGAAAGUGAAACCGAACGAUUGACUCGCGAUAACAGAAUUGUGUAAGGACUUUACUUUGGGUGUUAAAUCGGGUGACUAAGUGGCACGGUCCAGCUGAAAAGUGAAAUUGAACUUACUUUGGACUUGUUUCGAUAUCAGCGCAGUUUUGUAAUGAAACUGUGUCUUGAUUAUUGAGGCUUGACUCUGAUUACUUCCUUUUACGGUAAUUCACAAUCUUGGGCAUGACAAGAAGUGAUUUGCUGUGGGGAAAGGAUUAAUGUAGAGCAUCGCAACUCAGUCUGGAACGUCAUUUUCAAUCAGAUGCCUAAACGGAUCGUGUUUUAAGUGAACAGUGACAAAUAGAAACAUUUAGUGCAUUUGAAAUGUGAAUUCUGUGCUGUUAGUGAUAAAAUCGUUUUUCCCGUGAAAACUAUUCCUGAUGAAUUAUCCAGUGUAAUUUUACUAUAGUAACCGUUACUUAUAAUCCUUCACCAUGGAGACGGAGGAACUUACAAAGCUUGUCGAUGGCAUUUACAAGAAUAUCUUGGACAAGUUCAACCCUGGCGCUCGACAGAUGAUAAUGGCCGGCAAAGCGUAUCUGAAGGCCUUGCAUGGUGCGGCGGCCGCCUCUCGUCUGUACGUGGAUGCUGUGGGUAAACUGGGGCGACAAGCUCAGCAGGGCACGUGGGGAGGAUGCGCCGAUAUCGGUACUGCUCUUAUGAAGGUUGUGGAGGUAUAUCGAGAAAUUCAGGAUCAACAGAUGAACAUCCUUAAGGCGUUCUACGUGGAUUUGCUCGUCCCCCUGGAGACUAAUCUGGAGAAAGAUACGAAAGUUGUGCAGUCUGAACAAAAAAGGUUUCUGCAGCAACACAAACUUCGUUCUGAAAGUUACAGCAAGGCCGCAGCCACCAUUAAAAAGCAAAGGAAGAAGAAAACGAAUGUAACUAAAGUCGGCUCCGCUAUGGAUAAAGAAAUGAAGAGCAUGCAGAUAUUAGAAGAGGAGAAAACUAAAUUGGAUGCCUUUUGCGAGCAAAGCCUGAAGAAUGCAAUGACGCAGGAGCGUAGACGAUACGGCUUCGUACUGGAACGCCAGUGCUCCCUCGCGAAGCAUUGGCUGGCGUAUCAUUCAGCGGGAGCGUCGGCGUACAAUGUUGGCUUGGAAGAAUGGCUCGAAGUGUCCAGGACCAGGGAGUUCCUGCCGUCCAAUGUCGAAGCCAUGUUUGUCAGCAGAAUGAGGCAAGUGUCAUUCUGGGCUGAUGAGGAUGUAUACGCAAGUCCUCGCAACGGGGAUGACGAUGAUCGCGCUUCAGUGGGGUCGGCGUUGCGUAAGACAAGAUCAGUGGACGCCUCGUGCCUAGACGUCAGGUCGAUCGCUGACCUUGGAUCGCCCACACAUGGUUUGUCUAGAGCCAAAUCAGACCUGAAUUUACAAGCUAGUCUUCAUAGUGGUGAACAAGAUCCAGACAUUCGUACAAAAACUCGACCAUCGUCCAUCGCACCACCAACAUCUACGUCCCGCGAUCCACCGCUGGCGCGCGCUCUGUACGCAUAUUCAGCGGCCGGUGACAACCAACUGAGCUUCCAACAAGGGGACAUUCUCGCACUGCUGGGGGAUAGAACGAAAGGCUGGCAGUAUGGAGAGAACUUGCGAACACACAGCGCUGGAUGGUUCCCGUUGGCUUACACUGAACAAAUUAUUACUGAGAAUGACGGUGGCAACUCCCCAGCGCGCUGGAGUAUGGCGCAAACGCCGAGCGAGACGCCGCCGCCAGCGCCGCUGGCGCACACGCAGGUGUCGGCGACCAACGCACCGCACACACACUCACACCCGCCGGCGCGCAUGUUCGGUGACACUGUUACUGCACAUCACGUUACCAAGGGUCGUCUAGCAAACAGCUCACCUGGAUUACCUCCUACUCUGCCGGCCCCGUCUCCGAGUGCUCUCAGCACUUCAGCGAGCGCUAACUUCCAUCCAACGCCAAUCGCUGUAGCGUCGGGCGCUAUCAAGAAUUCUACAUCAGCCGCCAGUUUUACCACUCACGCUGUCAUAGAAACCAGAACCUUCGGUCCUCAAACACUGCCCAUGAGAUCGCAGAUUGCCCAAAAAACCGCACCAGCCAAGACAGUCGUAUCAGCUGUGGGUGCUGUUGGGAAUGUCUCGCUACACAGUUCAAACGACUCCGGGUUCUCAAACGAACCUCCUCCACAGCCUGAUAUCGACUAUAGCGACGAAGAGGCACAACGACUUCGUGUCCCAAUCAGUAAAUCUGCCCAACAAAACUUGGAUCACAAAGCCUAUCUGUUAAAAACACAAAGCCUGAAACGUGGCCCAAGAUCGACAAACAAUGGAUACCUUACUGAUGAUCAACAAUUGCUUCUGCGCAACAUGUUAGACAUGGAUAAAGAUUCUCAGAAAAUAAAGAGAACUAAAUCAUUUUGGAAGUUCGGUCGUACAACUUCUGAAGAGAUUAUGGAAGGAAUGUCUCUUUGGCAGCACAGGGAUAUUGUAGACACUGUACCAGAAUAUAAAAAGAAACUAUUUGUAAAAUUAAAGAAAGAACUACGACCAGCUCCUGAAGUGCCUGAGUCCAAAAAUCAAACCCCACAAGAUAAAUCGCCUACUACAGAAAACGCUCCUGUGCGUCCACAAGAAACGAUUGAUAGAAAAGAUAUUAAAUUAAAUAAUGGCAUGCGACAGGCUAGAAGCUUAGGCUCUAUUCAACACGAAGAACGUGCUGAGAAAGAAAAGAAAGGCAACAUGGGUUACCAUCACAAUCAUAUGAUGAAUAAAAAGAGCUUUUCCGAGAAGUCUAUUGCAGAAGAAAAGCAGGAUGAUUUUGUACCACGUAAUGAAUCUCGACAUUCUGAUUUAACUAACAGCAGUACUAUUAAAACUAAUUUUGAAAAUAGUUUCUACAAUGAUGAAAAUGGCGAUGGAUUUGUGAUGAAAACUGUAAAAAGACGAGAGAUUUUGCAAAGAUAUGAUAAUGAAAGCAAUUCAGAUAACAACUCUGUAGCUUCUAGUACAGAUCCUUACGAUUGUAUAAUUGUUGAUGACCACAUGACUUCUAAAAAACAGCAAGAAAUUGAUCGUCGUCGCCAAACACAAAAUAUCGAUACUGAAGUCAAAAAUAAUAAAGAAAAUGCAUAUAUGCCUGAAUUUGAAGAAAUUGAAGUAACACCUAUUAAACCACAUGUUAGAGCGACCAUGUCUACGGAUAAGACAAAAAAAUCUUCUCACGAAAGAUCACCACCUAAAGUUAUGGAAUUCAAAACGUUUAAAGAUACGUCUAAAGAAAUAAAAACAUUUUCAGCAUCAUCAGAGACACUGAAAUAUAAAGACAGUGACCAGCCCACAGAUCGAUACGGCAUUCCCAUAGAACGAAACAAUAACGAUAUAAGGAAUGAAGAUGCGUACACUGAAACUGAUGAUGGCACCUUAAAGUACAAAAAGAGACAAAGUGAACAAAAAAUAAGUAAACACAACUUUGAAAAUGGAAAUAACAAAGAAUAUCCGCAAGCUGAAAUGAGAAAUCAGAAAAAAGAAAAACGAGCAUACGAGACUAAUGAACCGAGAAUAGAUUACUCACUAGACAGACGACACACGAGAAAGGAUUUCACUGACACAAAGAAUCGCGAAAACAAAGCAAGAAAUAGGAUGAACCGAAGUUACGAUGAUAGUACACUACCGUAUAAUGGCAGAAGAGAAGAAAGAUACUACGAAUCAAACAUAUCAUACUUUAGUGAUCAAGAGAGGCGAUCAUCAAGAUACGAUUAUGAAACAGAUUCCAAAAAAGCUGAAAAAUCAAAGAUUAAGCAAGAAGAAGCAAGAUUAGAGGCCAGGCGUUAUAUGGACCAGCGGACUGAUGCGCCAUACAGUGAAUCGGAUGAUCAAAAAUUCAAUGAAGCAUUAAAACAACAAAGACCACAACUAUUGCCGCGAACCAAACUUUUAAAGAGAACUGUAGACGGCAAUGAGCUCCCAGAAGAAGGCCACACGUUUGGGCCGUGGUAUGAUUUAUGGGGUAGAGAAACUGCAAUGUACAAGUAGAUUCUGGUAGGAUUUAAAAGGUUUUGCUAUUCUAGUGGUUCUAGUUAGGUAUAUAUUCACGAUACCAGUUUUUAUAAGAACUUGUUUACUUUCUUAUUGUAGGAUAAGAUUUUCUUUCUAACAAGCACUUUUAUUAAUUUCGUAUCACAAUCUUUUAUUUGAUUCUGCACUGUUAUUUUAAAUGUAAUAUGAAAUCAGUUAUAUUAAAACUAACAGUCGUUAAGUUGUAAUAUUAUCAUUUUUAUUUUUGUAAAUGUUGUUGUUGUUAAUGUUAUGUAAAUUUAGUUUAACAAUAUAUAGCUAGGUCAGUGAUUGCUAGUUUUAUACAUAGUCAUAUUUACCCAAAAUACAUAUUAGCUGAUAAAGCUCAACUAUGCGAAAUCAUAAUUCUUUGUCCACUGCUACAAUGCAAGAAGAAAGUGUUAUGAAAAUCAGUGUGCCUAGUGGGAGUUUUCAAUAUUUUCACACUGUUGCCAUCACGUUGACGUAAACGCAAAUUUAUAUGGAAUUGAAACAGUUGUGCAGUAGUGCCACUUGAAGAAUUCCUUAGAAAUUCGCGUUUACUUUACGUGACAGUAACAGUAUCAAACUGCCACUAGGCCCUCUGAUUGUUGUUAGUUUUACCUUUAAUUAUUAAAACAUAUAUUAUCUACAUAUAUAACUUGAGAUUUUUUUAUUGAAUAUUAAAAUUUAGAAACAAAAUGUUUAGUGCCAAAUCUUUACAAUGAUUCCUUUUAUCAGGCCGCAACAAUUCGCCACCGUGAAACUAAGAAAAGCGUUAACAAAUGACCGCUCGUCGCCGGCUAUCGAGUAAUUGAUUUAUAUUUUAUAUUAUAUAUUUUUAUUACUUUAUAUUUUGUUAAAUAUAAUAUAUUAUUAUGUAAAUUAGAAUCAUCGUGUAUUUUGUACAGUUAAAUAUUAUUAGUUUAAGAAAGAAUAUAUCACAAUUUUUAUAAUAAUUGAA